CUCCCGGUGGCGGCGGGCCGCUUUGCCGGCGGCGAAGGGCCGCCGCCGCGGCGUCGGCUGUGGCGUUUACGGUCAUUGUGUCGCGGGAGACGCUGGUAGUGGUUUCCGCGACAGCGGGUGCGACUGCUUAGCCCGGCCUGGGCUCACGGCUGCCUGGAGGGUCUGCAGUGCCCACCCCUCUCCUCCGGGACCCCACGCCAGCAGCGACCCUGAGCCAGCAGCCGGAGCGACCGGCAAUGGCGGCCUCGACGGCCUCGCACCGGCCCAUCAAGGGAAUCCUGAAGAACAAGACUUCUACGACUUCCUCGGUGGUGGCCUCGGCCGAACAGCCCCGCCGGACCGUCGAAGAGGAGCUGAGUAAAAAGUCUCAGAAGUGGGAUGAAAUGAACAUCCUGGCAACAUAUCAUCCAGCUGACAAAGACUACGGCUUGAUGAAGAUAGACGAGCCAGACACUCCGUACCACAAUAUGAUAGGUGAUGAUGAAGAUGUCUAUAGUGAUUCAGAAGGCAAAGAAGUCUUGACUCCAGAGCUCUUAGCGAAAAAGUUAGCUGCUGCGGAGGGCUCCGAGCCAAAGUUUCGGACUCGGGAACAAGAAAGCAGUGGAGAGGAAGACAAUGACCUCUCCCCUGAAGAGCGAGAAAAGAAGCGGCAGUUUGAAAUGAAAAGGAAGCUUCAUUACAACGAAGGACUGAAUAUUAAAUUAGCCAGACAGUUAAUUUCAAAAGACCUACAUGAUGAUGACGAAGAUGAAGAAAUGUCAGAGACUGCAGAUGCAGACAGCAUGAAUAUUGAAGAGUCAAAUCAAGGAUCUACUGCAGGCGACAAUCUGCAGCACAAAUCACAAAGUUCAUAAACGUGUUCAUCAGUGCAGUCGUUGUCAAAUACAAACCUUGUUACUUAUACCACA